AUGGGCCCCUAUGUCUAUGGGCGCCUAAAUCUAGGGGCGCCCAUCUCUAUGGGCGCCUGUCUCUAUGGGCGCCUAUCUCUAGGGGCGCCUAUAUCUAGGGGCGCCUAUCUCUAUGGGCGCCUAUCUAUCCCAGGUGCGACCUCCACCCUGCGCCUCCAUCCCAGGUGCGACCUCCCCACCGCGCCUCUAUCACAGGUGCGCCCUCCCCACCGCGCCUCCAUCCCAGGUGCGCCCUCCCCACAGCGCCUCCAUCCCAGGUGCGCCCUCCCCACCGCGCCUCCAUCCCAGGUGCGACCUCCCCACCGGGCCUCCAUCCCAGGUGCGCCCUCCCUCCCGCGCCUCCAUCCCAGGUGCGACCUCCCGCCGGCGCCUCCAUCCCAGGUGCGACCUCCCCCCCGCGCCUCCAUCCUAGGUGCGCCCUCUCCACCCAACCUCCAUCCCAGGUGCGACCUCCCCACCACGCAUCCAUCCCAGGUGCGCCCUCCCCACCGCGCCUCCAUCCCAUGUGCGCCCUCCCCACCGCACCUCGAUCCCAGGUGCGACCUCCCCACCGCGCCUCCAUCCCAGGUGCGCCCUCCCCACCGCGCCACCAUAACAGGUGCGACCUCCCCACCGCGCCUCCAUCCCAGGUGCGACCUUCCUCCCGCGCCUCCAUCCCAGGUGCGACCUCCCCACCGCACCUCCAUCCCAGGUGCGACCUCCCCACUGCGUCUCUAUCCCAGGUGCGACCCCCCAGUGUACCUUCAUCCCAGGUGCGACCUCCCUACCGCGCCUCCAUCCCAGGUGCGACCUCCCCACCGCGCCUCCAUCCCAGGGUCGCCCUCCCCACCGCGCCUCCAUCCCAGGUGCGCCCUCCCCACCGCGCCUCCAUCCCAGGUGCGCCCUCCCCACCGCGCCUCCAUCCCAGGUGCGGCCUUCCCCCCGCGCCUCCAUCUCAGGUGCGCCCUCCCCCCCGCGCCUAAAUCCCAGAUGCGCCCUCCCCACAGCGCCUCCAUCCCAGGUGCGCCCUCCCCACCGCGCCUCAAUCCCAAGUGCGCCCUCCCCACCGCGCCUCCAUCCCAAGUGCGCCCUCCCCACCGCGCCUCCAUCCCAGGUGCGCCCUCCCCACCGCGCCUCCAUUCCAUCCCAGGUGCGACCUCCCCAGCGCGCCUCCAUCCCAGGUGCGACCUCCCCGCCGCGCCACCAUCCCAGGUGCGACCUCCCCACCGCACCUCCAUCCCAAGUGCGACCUCCCCCCCGCGCCUCCACUGA